AUGAGCAGCCAACUGUCGAUUGAAAUCCCCUCAGUCGAACAACAUUCGACUGGGUUUGGCAUUGGAACGGCUGCUCCACGCCUAUCAUGGCGAUUCCUCACAAUCGCCGACAGUAGCCCUUGCAACUGGAAACAGACGGCCUACGAAGUGCACAUUGUUCGUUCUGAAUCGCAGGAUGAAACCUAUCAUGUGACCAGCACUGAAUCGGUGCUAGUACCUUGGCCAAGUACUCCUCUACAGUCCAGGGAAAGUGCACAGAUUCGGGUUCGGGCAUACGGUUGCAGUGCCGCUGAUGACAAGGCUGAGCCUACCGCUUGGUCGCCAUGGCGGACCAUUGAAUGUGGAUUACUCGACCGCAGUGACUGGGUUGCCCGUCCUAUCGCGAGUUCUAGUGAACCACAGCCCGAUGGCCCAUUGCGACCGCUUCGAUUUAGAAAGGAUUUUAGACUUUCUGCGACGAGCACCGUUGAAAAGGCCCGCCUUUAUAUAACAAGCUUAGGUGUAUACCGCGCCUUUGUUAACGGUCAUCUGGUGGGGGACCAGUGCCUCGCCCCAGGAUGGACCAGUUACCGCCAUCGUUUGAACUACCAAGUAUUCGAUGUUGCAUCGCUCCUAAAUGCUGAAGGUUCUAAUAUCCUUGCCGUAGAGGUGGCGGAAGGCUGGUACGCUACACGCCUCGGCUUUCGUGGGGGGCGAAGACAGCUUUACGGAGAUCGACUAGCUGCGUUGGCCCAACUUGAAAUUCAUGUCGGACAUGGAGGAGAUCAGUUCACUUUGUGUACUGACAGCACGUGGACUUGUACUCCAAGUGCAAUUGUGCGCAGUGAACUCUACGACGGCGAAAUUUACGAUGCCCGCGAAGAGGAUGCGUCUUGGAACUGCCGCAGCCUUGACCCCUAUGUCGACAAUUCGAGCUGGAAUUCCGUACAAGAAAUUGACUUUCCAACAGCGACAUUGGUAGCGCCUGAUGCUCCACCUGUUCGUGUCACCGAGGAAAUUACCCCGAUUUCAGUGCAAAAGACGCCAUCCGGGGCAACAGUUCUCGAUUUCGGACAGAACCUAGUUGGUCGGCUUCGCGUGAGAUCUCUAAAGCAACUCUCUGGCUCUCGAGUGUCUUUCAUACAUGCGGAGGUGCUAGAGAAUGGUGAGCUCGGUAUUCGACCACUGCGACACGCCAAGUGUACCGACGAAAUCAUUCUGAACGGUACUGAGAUUGUUGAUUGGUCGCCUCAGUAUACGUUUCACGGGUUUCGAUACGUCCAGGUGAACGGCUGGGACGAAGAACGGGAUGGAUCACUGCUCGUAAACAUCACAGCACUCGUGAUGCACACCGAUAUGACUCGCAGCGGAUGGUUUUCUUGCUCUCACCCCAUGAUCAAUAAGCUCCAUGACAAUGCUUGGUGGAGUAUGCGCGGGAAUUUUCUGUCGAUCCCGACUGACUGCCCUCAAAGGGACGAACGACUCGGUUGGACUGGAGACAUUCAGGUGUUCUGCCCAUCAGCGAACUUUCUCUACAAUACCGCAGGGAUGCUAGGUGGUUGGUUACAAGAUGUUGCGGCUGAGCAGUUAAAGGAGAAAGACGGCUGUGUGCCUCCGUUUGUGGUCCCAAAUGUAAUCAGUGAGGAGCUGUGGCCUCAUACGCCGCAAGCUGUGUGGGAUGAUGUAGUAAUUCUGACGCCUUGGGCCCUAUAUCUCUCCUAUGGCGACCGUGACAUGCUUGGUCGACAGCAUGAAAGUAUGCUCGCCUGGAUCGACCGGGGAAUCCGACGCGGCUCUGACGGACUUUGGGACCCUGAUCUUUGGCAGUUAGGAGAUUGGUUAGAUCCAGCAGCGCCACCUGUAGAACCAGGUGAUGCACGUACAAGCGGCACACUCGUUGCAGACGCCUACUUAGUGCAUAUAACAUUUGUCAUGUCAGAGAUCAGCAAGGUCCUAGAUCAGGAACAAGAUGCUAUACGAUUCAAGGCGGACUAUGACCGACUUAAAGCGAAAUUCCAGGCUAAGUAUAUCGCGCCUUCAGGGUUGCUGGUCGGGGAUACGCAAACUGCUCUCAGCCUUGCCAUUAUUUAUGAUCUCCACUCAACAUCUGAACAAGCCAAGGCUGCAGCAUCACGUCUCGUCCAACUCGUACGACAAGCGAAGUUCCGCGUUGCUACUGGGUUUGCUGGCACGCCAAUUAUUACACAUGCUCUUACUAAGAGCGGGUACCCUCAGAUCGCUUACCGGAUGUUGCAGGAGAAGAAUCGCCCGUCGUGGAUGUACCCCAUCACCAUGGGUGCGACGACGGUGUGGGAGCGUUGGGAUAGCAUGCUUCCCGAUGGGUCUAUUAAUCCGGGAGAAAUGACUAGCUUCAACCACUACGCCCUGGGAUCUGUCAUUAACUGGCUACACUCUACUGUAGCUGGUGUGAGCCCUCUUUCUGCAGGCUGGAAGCAGGUCAAAGUAGCGCCCAUCCCGGGUGGUACAAUCGACUCGGCGGAGGCUAAAUACGACACUCCAUACGGACGUUUAGAAUGUCGGUGGUCGAUCGAGAGCGAAGCAGAUAUUUUCGACAUGGCGCUGUUGAUUCCGCCAAAUACUCGUGCGCUGGUUAUAUUGCCUAAUACAGAGAAGUUGAUGAAGCAUACGAUCUCUCAAGAAGACGAAGGACAAUGGGUAGGGUCUGGACAUCACAACUUUUCAGUUCCUUUCAAGUGGAGGGACUAUUCCAGUGAAUGGCCUCCGAAGACGCUGAUCCCAAUUAUGCGACGACCUGAACCGGACAAUAUUGCGUGA